GCAUUGAAUUUGCUCUGCCGCCUCUCACCGCCCGGCGCUUUCAGAGUCUCUCCUCUCCUCCUCCAAUCCUUACCUGUUCUCCGUUCCCCAAAAAAGAAAAAGAGAAAAAAAAGUUCCUUUCGAUCUCCCUCCUCCUCCCUUCCCUUCCCCUCCCUCCAGCUGCAACUGGCUUGUCAUGUCGUCGCAGACCAUGACAGCGCCAGCGCUGGGUCAUCGUCCUCCCCCUCCUAAUUCCGGGCCCGACAUGCCCUUCUACGACGAUUAUACCCACCCCGACAACCGCGAUAUUUCCUCCCCGCUCAGCGACUCCGCAAUCCGCGCCGUGAACAAUUCGACAACCUCCGACCAACCUACCUCUCCUCCUCCCUCUGCGCCGCUUCAUUCGCACGACUUACCCUCCCUUUCUUCCCCGUUUUCUACUCCCUCCGGCGGCAUUGGUGACGGUCUUGGUGAUGGCGAUGGAAUGGCGGGAAUCAAAGCGGAGCCGGAUGAUGAGACAAUGAAUGGGUCGGAAGGCCAUCAGACUGAUCUCAGACGGCAGUCCGCUGCUAGUGCGCUGUUGGCCCAGCUUCUUGGGAAUCAAUCAACAGAGCAACCGUCAUCCGCAGAUGUUGAUCAAUCUCUUUAUCAGUUUCAAGGAGAACAGAUACAGCAAUCGGUAUCGGCACCGCCAGCUGAGCCAUUCACCCCCAAUGCCCCAGAGGACAACCAUAACAAUGCGCAUCCAACAGGUGGUGAUGCCCAGAUGCCAGAUUAUCCACCAUUACCGUCGACGGAGGAUUUUGGCAGGGAUCAUCACUCUGCGCCUGCUGAGCAGGCCUCGGGACACGAUCAGUUUUCGGUCCCGGCUGACUUAAGCCAGCAGGAUGAACACAGUGCAGAUGCAGAACAGCAAGGGCCAUUUACUACCAACCCCGACGAUGCCGAAGCCAAUGCUUUUUUACAACCACCGCCAAAGACGUCCGAUCCCUCUGCGAUAGAAAGUCUCACGGAUCCCUUAUUGAUGGCGAAAACGAAUCUCGACCAAGGCGAUUACUUUAAUGGACCGUUCGAUAUCGCAGCCGACCCCAAGACGCCGUUUGGGGAUUUAGAACAUAAUGAGAUGCUGACCGCAGCCUAUCUCUCCCAAAAUGCAGAUUUAUCGGCCCUGGGGUUAUCGGGUGAUCCGCUGCAUCAGGAUGGGACCGGUUCGGUCGCCGGGUCAGAACCUCGCAUUCAGGCCUUUGCAAAAUUGGAAUUCGACGAUGGGCAUUUCUACUGCAAUACGUAUUCGUUUAUCCUUGGACGAGAUGUACGAGCCGCUCGCGCAGCCCAUCAGCGGGAGUUUCAGGUCAAACAAGCGGUGCGCAAUUCGAGACCAAAGAGUUCAAGCGGUGGCAACGCAUCACACACGCCGAUUCGCGUUAAACAUGAGGGCAGUGGCAUUCUUGAGAGUGUUGUUAGCGAUCGUGGUGGGAUCAUGGGCUUCGACCCCGAAGUACCGUCCCGUCGUCCCAUGAGCCGGAGGUCGUCCAAUUCGUCUUUUGGUGAAUCGGGUCCUCCGUUACUGGCAACUCCGGCCCAGCUCCAAUCGACCGACUACAAUGCCCUUGCUAUGCAAUCGCUCAAUGAGGAGAGCAAUGAUGCGAAACCCGUCGAUGCCCUGGCUCUACUACCUUCCCCCGAUUCGUGUCCUACUAUCCCUAUCCACCCUCCGGCCACCGUGGAUGGCAGCGCGGCUGGUCAUCGAGGUAUCUCUCGGAAACAUGUUAAGAUCGCAUACAACUUUGACAAGAGCCUUUUUGAGAUGGAAGUGAUGGGAAGAAACGGUGCUUUUAUCGGAGCCGAUUGGCUAUCGCCUAGUCAGAUCAGGCCUUUACAUAGCGGCGAUUACAUCCAGAUUGGAGGUGUGCGCAUUCGCUUUUUACUUCCCGACGUACCCAUUGGUGAAACAGGAGCCGAGCGAAUGGAGGAACAAUACAUGGAAGACGACGAGAAUGCUAUCGCAUCAUUUGAUGUCGAAGACAUCAAUGCAGAUGGGACCGAGAAUCGUGGAAGCGAUGCAUCGAAGAAGGAUGCUUCGAAGGCGGCACGACUUGUUCUUAAGACCAAGGACGCUGACUUCUCGCAACAAAUACAGUCGUCUAUUGAAGGUGAUAGUUCUCAACAGCCCGCGCGUCGUCGCGGGCCAGGGCGACCUCCCAAGGAUGGGAUCAUGUCCAAGAGAGAACGUGCGGAACUUGCCAGAGAGCAGAAGCUGGCCGCAAAACGCGAAGCCAACGGCGGAGUCACUCCACCUCCUCAGAACAAACCAAAGGCUGGCAAGACCCCUGCCGGUCCUCGAGAUUCCAUCAGUGCGGCCAGUGGCCAAGGUGCUGCGUCUGCGAGUGUUCCUGCUGUUCCUGCUCCUAGUGCCCCUGUGACCGGUGGCGCCGAAUCGCCUGGUUCAAAACCAGAAAAGCGAAAAUAUACCAAAAGGAAGAAGGCGGACGGCACGCUUAUGGAUACGCCUCUCCCGUCCACCGAGGGCGGCAGCCAAUUUCCCAUGGAGCAGCGUCCGGAGGAGUUUAUCAAGGCCCCACCUCUCAAGAAGCGCAAGCCAUCACGGUCACCGUCGCCCAACUAUCCUCCCGAGUCUGCCUACACGCCCGAGGAUCUCGCCAAACCACCAUACAACUAUGCUGUGCUUAUUUUUGAUGCUCUGACGGAUGCUGGAACACCAAUGACACUCAAGCAGAUCUACCGUGCGUUAAAGCUGAAAUACCCAUAUUUCCGGUUCAAAUGCGAAACGGAGGGUUGGACAUCAAGUGUCCGUCACAACCUGAACGGCAACAGUCAUCUGUUCAUGCAUGCGGAGCGAGAUGGCAAGGGAUGGUCAUGGCAACUCCGGCCUGGAGCGUCGGUCGAAAAGGAAAAGAAGAGACGUCCAUCGCCGCCGCCGCCAUCGUCGCAUACCCCUGUCCCGCCUACCCAGCCGUACAUGGCGCCGCCGGGGUACACAAGUGCUGCGAAUGGCCAGGCGAAUAUGGUCAAUCAACAUUUUCAAUUCCCGCCGUCGAUGGCACCCAGCCCUUACGCACCUCCACCGGCGCCGGCGCCCGCACCAGGUCCUCCCCCUGUUCAUGCUCCAGCGCCUGCUCCUGCCCCGCCGCCGCCGCCGCCGCCGCCGCAAGCCCCAGCACAACAGCCUCCAGCACCGCAGCAGACAACGGGACCAAGUCCAAGUCCUGCACCAGCACCUACGCAAUGUCCGACUGCUCCAGGACAGGCGCCAGGACCACCUCCAGCUCCUGCGCCUACUUCAACGCCGGCACCGGUUCCAAAUUCGGUUCCAGCACCUCCUCCCGCUCCCGCUCCUGCUCCGACUACUGCUCCCCCGUCUGCUCCUCAACCUCAACCUCAACCUCAACACACAAGUCCUUAUCCUCCAGCACCUCCUCAACCUCCUCAACCUCCUCAAGUACCUUCACCUGCACCUGCACCCGCUCAUAACCCAGCCCCGACACCUGCACCCUUCUCAAUUCCCAGUCCUAUUCGAAACAGUCUUCCUCGUGCCUUUGCUCAAACCGUGCCUACUACCUACACCUCUCCCUACGCAUUCGACCCUCCACUGCAACUGGCCCAAUUCCAGCAGUCGCACCAGCAAUCGCAGCCCCUUCACGCACCGCCGCUGCCGCCGCCGCCACCGCCGCCGCAGCAGCAGCAACAACAGCAACCACCGCAACAGCCACCUCAACAACCGCAGUACCAGCAGGCACCACAGCCACAUCCCCAGCCUGCAUAUCCUCCGCCACAGAAUCCCGCUCCUAUGCCAAUGAUGAACCACCAGCCACAGGGAUUCGCGCCCAACCCAGGUCCUCCACCUAUGCCGCCCCCGCCGCCGCCGCCGCCGCCACAGCAACAGCAACAGCCACCGCCGUUCAAUGCCGGCCCGGCAGAGCCAAGUACAGGGCCUAUGGAAGAAGAUAUGUCGUUCAAAGAGCGAGCUGGUAAAGCGAUUGAUGACUUUGAAGCUGUCCUCAUGGAAGACUACGAUGACAAGAAUUACAUCCGUGAGGUGCUUCGAAGUGCGCGUGCUCGUGUUCUGGGCGAUGCCACGGAGAGUUCCUUCCCUGGGGGAGAACCUAAAGAUGAGGCGGUUAUCUAUGAUGCGCUGCGGAAUCUGGUUGGUAGCCUUGAGGGGUAGGGGUCAGACAAAAGAAAAUAUAGCGGUUUCUACGGAGUACACCUGGCGGCAGACGGUUCGGUUCCGAUUAAACGAAUUACGAAUUGGGAAUUAUAUCUUUGUCAUGAUUACGAGCGUUUCAAGGAGUUUUCUUUUUCUUUUUUUUUUUUUUUUUUUUUUUUU